AAAAAGCCUCUCCGCAUGUGUCAGGCACCAAAAAAAGAAAAAAGAAAAAGACCACAGAGCGAUGCAGAGCCUCAUGAAUAUCAGUGGGGGUCAAUCUAAGCGAUCAACUGCGUUCUCUUGUGCGAUCUGACACUUGUGUUUGAUUGAUGGAUAUUGGUCUUGAUCUUUUGUGACGCUGUAUCCCAAACUGAAGCCUACCUAGCUACAGAGUACCUGGAGAACAACGAGUCGUCCUUCUUGAAAUUCUAAUUUAUCUUUGAUCGCACGCCAUCACGAGUUUAACUAUGUCAUCUUCAAGGCGCCUUCGCAAUAAUCCACCAGUGGAUAAAUAUUUCCCCAAUGAUAGUCUGGUGAUUGGUGCUGGUGUCGUAAUCUUCCAUCUAGCCACAAACCGUGUGGUCGUGUGUAAAGACACGAGAAGCGGUGUCUGGUUCCUGCCCAAAGGACGUAAAGAUGCUAGUGAAGAGAUUUCUAUUACUGCUGUUAGGGAAGGAUUUGAAGAGUCAGGCUAUAGAAACCGUCUCCUCCCUCUCCCUUUACCGCAUCUUCAACCUCGCCCUUUGGAAACCUCUCAGCCUUUUGAUGUAGAGCCUUUAGCAACACGCCUGCUACCCGUGUCUAUGCACUAUCAAUAUCUUCUUUUCUGGUAUGCAGCAGAGACCUUGCCACCUUCCCUCGAGUCCAGCAUAAACGCCACCACUACCUCCACAUUCACACCACCAACCCCGUUUCCAGACAUCACGUUAGCAGAACGGGAGAAGCAGGAUAGAAUGGAAGGAAGCAUGUAUGAGCCAAAGAGACAUGAAGGUACGGGUGUAGAUGCAGACGAAGUGUUCUAUGUAGGUGUGUUGAUGGGAGUAGAGGAAGCAGUACAGUGUUUGAGAGGAAGUAGUGGGGAUGUGGUCAAAAGAGCUUGGGAAGGCGUGGUGUUAAGGAGAAAAAUGGAAGUGGAAAGUGAGAAGAAUUUAUGAUGCUUCAAGAGUGUCGGUUAGUGGUUUGUAGGGCUGUGGAAAUGCAGAGUCAUUUUUGAAGAAGGGGAGGACGGUGAUGAGAUGGAUGAAGAUGAGCUCUUUCGAGGUAGGGAGGACGGUCAUUGGAAAGUAAUAGUGUGUUUUGAUAGCUUGAUUCUCAUCGUACUUUGUGGCUGGGAGACGUGCUCAGGUUGGUGGAAGAGAUGCAAGGUACUAAGCCAGGCUCAUGAGUUGUGGCUUCCUCCAGCCACAUCUCAGCAUCGAAGGUAUACCACGAACCAGGCGGUAGAAAUGCAAGAACGCUUUCGGGGAGCGAAUAGUCUUCCAUGAGAGCCCUUCUCCGCGUUACUCCCAGCGGAAAAGAGUCGUGAGAAAUGAGCUGUGGAAAUGCAAGAUUAAAUUGAGAAUCCAUGACACCUCUUGGGAGAGCUCUAGAUUUGCUGUAUCAAUG